CCUCAUCUCAUCGCACUUACAGCACUCACUUUCUCUCAUCUCAAAUCCUAGUACUACUACCCUUUUAUUAUUUUUUAUUUUCAAUUAAAUUUUCAAUUCCCCUUUUUUAUUUUAUAUAUAUUACACACAUAUAUAUAUAAAAUAAAAAAUAAAAAUUAGAACAACUAAUCUAAAAUCUAAUAAUUUUAGAGAAAAGGGAGGGGUUGGAGGGAACGAUCCCCCUAAAGACUCAAAAAAAAAAUUGAAAUCUAAAUCUCAACACAAUAUGGCAUUUCACGUUGCUUGUCCAAUUACAUGUCGGAGAAUUUGUUUCUGUUCGUUAGGGUUUCCGCGUUCUCUUCAACGAACGAAUAACCCUACGAGUGGUUUUCUCCAAGAUGUUACGGUGCUCGGUGAUUUUCUAUCGGAUAAUAAACGGAAAGAUGAUGGUACGAUUCAAGUUGUUGUUCCUAAAGUUGUUCCGCCGCCGCCGGAGAUUGUGACUGUUAGUGGUGGUGAUGUGCUUAUUGAUGAAUCUGCUUCUAUGAAAGCUAAACGUCUUGCUCUUCAGAAAAAAGGUGCUGCUGCUAUGAUUGCUGCUGAGGAAUAUGCUAGGAAGUUUGAGUCUGGUGAAUUUCUGGAUACAUUGGGAAAUGUUAACGGAGAAGAACAAGGGCAAUCCAAUGUCAAGGUCUGUUGUCGAAUGUGCAAUCGCUUUGAGAACGAAGGAAGUGAGAAAGCGAAAAAGAUGCUGUCGUGUAAAAGGUGUAGUAAGAAGUACCAUAGGAGCUGCUUGAAAAGUUGGUCUAAUAAUAGAGAUUUAUUUCAUUGGAGUUCGUGGACCUGUCCUGUUUGUCGAAUUUGUGAGGCUUGCAGAAGGACCGGUGAUCCAAGUAAAUUCAUGUUUUGCAAAAGAUGUGAUGGUGCUUACCAUUGUUACUGUCUGCAACCAACUCAUAAGAAUGUUAGUACUGGGCCCUAUUUGUGCCCAAAACACGCAAAGUGUCACAGUUGCGCAUCCAAUGUCCCUGGAAAUGGACUAAGUGUGAGGUGGUUUCUGGGAUACACGUGUUGUGACGCAUGUGGAAGAUUGUUUGUGAAAGGGAAUUACUGUCCUGUUUGUCUGAAGGUUUACAGAGAUUCAGAAUCAACACCAAUGGUUUGCUGUGAUCAUUGCCAGCGCUGGGUACAUUGCCAGUGUGAUAAUAUUAGCGAUGAAAGAUAUCACCAAUUUCAAGUGGAUGGGAAUCUGCAGUAUACAUGUCCUACUUGUCGUGGGGAAUGUUAUCAGGUAUGCACAUGCCUUCAGUAUAUAAUUACUUUUGUUUCUCAAUGGAAGAAAUGCUUUGAAUGUUAUUUUCUGAAUGCACUGUAUAUCUGUAUGUUUCAGGUCAAGAAUCUUGAAGAUGCUGUUCAAGAGCUUUGGAGGAGAAAGAAUAUCGCUGAUAGCGAUUUAAUUACAAGCUUGAGGGCUGCAGCUGGUUUACCGACGCAAGAAGAAAUAUUUUCUAUUUCACCAUAUUCUGACGAUGAGGAUAGUGGGACUCUGAAGAUAAAGAGUGAUUCAGCACGUUCCUUUAAGUUCUCUUUUAAGAAUUUUUCCAAUAACUCGCCUACGAAGAUGAAAGAUUAUGGGAAGAAAUCUUCAACCAAGAAGACUUCUAAGAAAAAGGACUCUCUGUCAUUCAUGACUGGUAAAAUUGAUGCACACCAUAGUUUUGAAGGACAUAGUUUUGAUGACGAUAUCCAAUCCCAGAGAAAUGAAGGUCCUGACGUUUAUUCAUCACUUGCUACCGGAAGCCUUAGUCAAACUGAAGUUCCUUAUCCUGUCAAUCAGCCAGGGAUUUUGAAACGUAAGUUUGUUGAUGAGGUGAUGGGCAGUGAUGAAGAAAGGAAACCCAGAGUUGUUCGAAUUAAAAGCAAUAAGUCAAAUAUUUUGGAUAGUGAAGAGGAGAGUGGAAAACAUGGUGAUAAGACUCAGAAUGUUAAAGGGAAAAAGUUGGUUAUAAAUUUGGGAGCACGGAAAAUUAAUGUAGCUAGUUCUCCGCUGUCUGAUAAUGCAAGCUUCCAAAGAGAUAAAGAUCUUGUUACUGCCAAUGGAAAUGAAAAUCUAGCCCAUUUGACGAAGGGAAACAAGUUUGCAUUAGAUAGACAUGAUGGAACAGCUAGACAUAUUGACGGUAAAGGAAGUAGGGUUGACUCUGGCCAAUCAAAACAUCUAAAGGUUUCGGGAAGAGAAGGAAAUAUGAUCAAGUUGGGAAAAGUCAAGCCAGGUGUUUCUGAAUUCAACUUAACCUCUGGAAGAGGCAAUAUGUCUGAUGGGCAUGAAGUUGGUCCUUUAGAGCGAUCUCACUCGGUGCGGGGAAAACGCAGUACUCAUGGAAUGGUUGCUCAAGCUGGAUUAGAUGCAGCAUCAAGAGGUGAAAUGACAUAUUUGGCGAAGCAGUCGGAAGGUAGCUCAGAUGUAUUUGACGAGACACAUGACAAUAAUCACACGCCUUCACAUUCUUUGCCAAAAGAUUCGAAACCUUUACUGAGAUUUAAAUUCAAAAGGCCUAGCAUUGAAAGUCAAAGUUCUCCUCAUCAGGAAGAGAAGACCACAGUUAAGGGCCAGAGGUCGAAAAGGAAGAGGCCUUCACCUUUUAAAGAAAUAUCAUUGUUUAAUAACUCUGAAGGUGUAAGUCAAUCUCCUGGAGACACUAUAAAUGAUGAGAUCAUGGAUGCAAACUGGAUUUUGAUGAAAUUAGGAAAUGAUGCAAUUGGAAAGAGAGUUGAAGUUCAUCAGACAUCUGACAGUUCUUGGCACAAGGGAGAGGUUACAGACAUAGUUGAAGGCACCUCAAAGAUACAUGUUACUUGCGAUGAUGGAAAAGUGAGUAUCGUGGAACUAAUGCAGCAGGGGAUCCGUUUUGUUCCUCAAAAGCAAAAGAGAUCAAAAUCAUGAAUGAACUCAAGUUAUCCACCCUUGGAGAUUGAUUUAUGCAGAGACUUUUUAUUCAUUGACUUAAAGAUUAUUUCAUCUUUGAGGCCUCUUACUGAAAUUAAUACUCUUAGCCGCCCAACUUUGCUGUUGGUUUUAGAGUGAAUCAUUCUUGAUUGGAGCAGUUUCAGUUUUCUUGGUAGGAUUAGCUGUAUCCUACCUAAUCCCUUUUCUGGACCGCAGGUUCUCGAUCACAAAUUAGUUAAUUAGAUUCUUUUCUUUGUUUUUUUACAUGUAAUCUGAUUUCACAAAGUAGAUUUCUGCCUGUAAUGUACAGGUCACCAUUGCUGUUGAAUAGGGAGGUAUUUGCCCUAGGGAUUAGAUGUAUGAUUAAAUGCUGCUAUUAGUUAUUUGUGAAUUGCAGUUUUCAUGAGUUGAGAUAUUGUCUUGAAAGUUGACAUUAUUGAUUUUUGCCGUUUCUUUAAAGUGAACGGAAUUUUA